AUGAGAAUAGUUGAGGAAACUAAUGAUCCUACAUUUCAUAUGGAUAUCUUUAACUUGCGUCCUUUUUAUCAAUUCACGAAUCAACAUGAUGUCGAUGAGGCAGAAUUAUUCGAUGGCGUUGCUCAGGUUGUGACCUAUGAAGCUGUUCAGACCUACAAGCAAGGAGACAACAAAAGUGUCUUUAUGAAUAUUGAACUUGAAGAUGAUAAGAGGAACAGGAUUUCAGCAACUUUAUGGAGUGAACUUGUGGAUCAAAUUCAACCUCACUUGAAUGCAUCUACUGCUAAUCCUUUGAUUGUUGUUCUUCAACUUAUGAAAGCUCAAAAAUAUCAAGGUAAUUACUCAGUGCGUAGCUGUUGGUAUGCUUCAAAAAUAUGGAUAAAUCCUACUUUUCCGCAAUUUAUCGAUUUUAAAUCCAGAUUAGAUGCAGCGCUCCAAUCAAACUAUGAGUCGCUUACUCAGACAAGUUCUCAGCAAAGUUACUCUAUUAGAGAUGAGUUAGCCAAAAGAAUUGUAUUAGUUAAAACUAUUGGGAAUUUAGUUCAGUGCACACAAGAGUGUAACUACUGGAUUGCUGCAAAGUUGGUGAAUUUGAAACUUCAACGAGGAUGGUCAUAUUUGGGAUGCAACAAGUGUACUAGAAAGGUUGAAAAAGUUGGAAAUAAAUUUCUUUGUAAGAAAUGCAAUGAAGAAGAUUGUUCUGUUGGUCACAGGUAUCGGCUUCAAGUUCGUGUUAUGGAUAGAACUACCUUUAUCUCAUUAUUGCUUUGGAAUCGCGAAGCUCAACAACUUAUAGGAAAGUCCGCGAAAGAAUUGAAGGAAGGAUUAGUUGAGACUUCUGAUGCAGAUGCUGAUUAUUCUUAUCCAGGUGAAUUGGACGAUAUUCUUGAUAAAAAAUUCAUGUUUAAGGUUAUUGUUAAGCAAACCAAUAUUGAGUCACAAGACGAAGUCUACCAAGUUGUUAAGGUUACUAAUGAUGACGAUCUUCUAAAGGAAUAUGCCCACAGCUCAUUUGAAGACACUAUCACAGAUCCUUUGGAAAUACCUGAGGGACAAAUCUCAGGUGAAGAGAAGGUUUAUGGGAAUUUUGUGGCCGAAAGUAAGAUAAAAUCUAUUUUACAAACUCCCAUCAAGAAAAAUAUAUCAGAAAGUGGAUCGUCCGUGUUAGAAGAUGGUGAUGAUUGCAAUGCAAAACUAUCUCAAUUGAAGAAGUAUGACAAGAGGAGUAGAUCUGCCAAUAAGGCACCAACAGUAAUAGCAGAUGACGACUUGAAUAGUCAACUCUCUAGCAACAAGGUUCGCCGAGUGAUUAAAAAAGAGAAGAAUCCAUGA